AUGUUUCUCCCUAGUAUUCUUUCUUUCUUUUGUUGUCGUCGACAUUCUUUAUUCGUAUUUUUAUUUUUCACCGUCUUUUUUGCCCUUCGUCGUCUUUUUCUUUUUUCGUUGUUGUCAUCUUUUCCGUUGUAUUCUUAUUUUUUGCCAAUCUUCGUUUCUCCAUCGAUUUGUUUUCCUUUUUUGUUUCUUCAUAUAUUUUUCUACUGUCACGUCCUCUUCCUUGUCGUUUAUUACUUUGGUCACCUCCUCCUCCGCAUCAUUUUGCGUUGUUAUCUCCUGUUGCUUUUCUUAGUUGCAUCUUUCUUCUUUUCACAUUUCUCUUCUCCCCCCCCCCUUUCACAUGUCCCCUCUUUCCUUCUCUUCGCUUGUCCCUUCUUUCCUUCUCUUCGCUUGUCCCCUCUUUCCUUCUCUUCGCUUGUCCCUUCUUUCCUUCUCUUCGCUUGUCCCCUCUUUUCUCCUCUUCGCUUGUCCCUUCUUUCCUUCUCUUCGCUUGUCCCUUCUUUUUCCUUCUCUUCGUUUGUCCCUCUUUCCUUUCUCUUCGCUUGUCCCUUCUUUCCUUCUCUUCGCUUGUCCCUUCUUUUCCUUCUCUUCGUUUGUCCCCUCUUUCCUUCUCUUCGCUUGUCCCUUCUUUCCUUCUCUUCGCUUGUCCCUUCUUUCCUUCUCUUCGCUUGUCCCCUCUUUUCCUUCUCUUCGCUUGUCCCUUCUUUCCUUCUCUUCCUUGUCCCCUCUUUCCUUCUCUUCGCUUGUCCCCUCUUUCCUUCUCUUCGCUUGUCCCUUCUUUCCUUCUCUUCGCUUGUCCCCUCUUUCCUUCUCUUCGCUUGUCCCUUCUUUCCUUCUCUUCGUUUGUCCCCUCUUUCCUUCUCUUCGCUUGUCCCUUCUUUCCUUCUCUUCGCUUGUCCCUUCUUUCCUUCUCUUCGUUUGUCCCCUCUUUCCUUCUCUUCGCUUGUCCCUUCUUUCCUUCUCUUCACCAGUCUCCUUCUCCCUUCUCUUCGCUUGUUGCCUUCUUCUUCCUUUCUCUCAUUUCUUGUAACCAAAAUUAUUUAUUUCCCUAUUCCUUUUCGCAAUUUUUGUUACUCUUUUUAUGUUUCCCAUUUCUCUUCGGCCGCUAUUCAUUCUUCUUCUCUUUUAUCUUCCUUUCAUUUUUAUUCUCAUCUCAUUGUUUUCGUCCAGUCUGAAGCCUACUUUCCAUCUUUCAUUUUCUUCCGUUCACCUCUUUCACUUUUUAUAUGUCCAUCGUCAUCUUUGCCCACGAUCUGA